AUGCAGCCCUCUCACCUCCUCCUCUUCCUCUUUCUUCCCCUCCUCCUUCCCGGGAUGUGGGCAGACCCAGAGGCAGAGCCACAGGUUCUCCAGUACUUCCUGACCGGCCUCUUUGCUGACGUGAGCUCUGCUGAGCUGUCAGCGAUGGCAGUCCUGGGGGAUGUGCCCAUCUUUGCACUGGAUCCUGCCAACUGGAGCGUCCACUUCCACUGGCCCUGGGUCAGCCAGGCUGCGGCCGAGGGUGACACCAAGAAGCUGAUGUCCCAGCGUCAAAUCGCUCUGCGCAGCCUGAUCCGAUACGUGCAUGGCAAAGCCCGGCAGACAGAAAUGGACUACCCUCUGGUGGUCCAGAUCCGUGCGGGCUGUGAGCUGUACCCCAACACGACAAGCUGGGGCUUCCUGCACACUGGGGAGGGUGGCAAAGACCUCGUAGAUUUUGAGGUGGAUGAACAGCGUUGGAAGAUGAGGCAGCCAUCCCAGCUGGCACAGCAGGUCACCACGGACCUAAACAAAGAGAAGUCCAUCAAGAUGCUCCUGGAGUACCUCCUGUCCUUCAUCUGCCAGAGCCAAAUCCAUGCCCUAAACAAGUAUGGGAAGGCCACUCUGGAGAGACAAGAGCUGCCCGUGGUCACGGUCUUUGCCCGCACGCCCAGCCCACAGCAGCUGCUGCUGGUCUGCCAUGUCACCGCCUUCUACCCCCGGCCCAUCAGCGUGGCCUGGCUCAGGGAUGGCCAGGAGGUGCCUCCGGGCCCGCAGCUCAGCACCGGCCCCGUCCUGCCCAACGCUGACCUCACCUACCAGCUCCGCAGCGUCCUGGCCGUGGCCCCCCAGGACGGGCACAGCUACGCCUGCCGCGUGCGCCACCGCAGCCUGGGCACCCGCAGCCUCCUCGUCCCCUGGGACAAUCACAGCACAGCUCCAACCGUCAGCAUCACCAUCGCAGUACUGCUUCUGGGGUGCACAGCCUCUGCCGCAGGGUUUUGGUGCUGGAAGCGCAGGAAAGGUAAUGAGGCUACAUGGGAGACCCGGGAAUAUCAACAGCUGAGGCCUGGUUGCCCACCCAGCAACAACCACUCGCUCUUCCUGCUCAUUUCAUGUCCCACCUUAAUUCCUAACAGCAAACACUUUGCACUGGACAAGACCGAAUAG